AAAAAAACAAUAUUUAGUUUUAAUUUUAUGUCUUCUAAAUCUAAACGUCAUUGUAAUAGUGUAUUAUGGUUUAUAACAUUAAUUAUUUUUGCUAUACCUAUAUCAUUAUGUUUAUCAUGGAUAUAUAUAUUAUUAAUUAUUUGUAAUCCAUGUUCAGAAAAAUUAACUGAAUGUACAGAAAGUUUAUUAAAAGUAAUACAAUGGCCAUGGACAUGUGCUCAAAAUAUGUUACGGGGUGAAUCAUAUUUAGAAUGUUGUUGUUGUUGUUGUUAAAUUCAUUUAAUUAUGUAAAAAUAAUAAUUUCAUAUUUAUACAAAUGAAUUCAAUGAUAGUUUCAUUUUAUAUUACAUAAUAGAAUAUACCUAUUGGAAUUAUUCAAUAUUCAUUUAAGCAAAGUUUUCUUUUAAGAAAAAAAAAACAAACUAUUCUGAAUGUAUUAUCUCUAUUUGUAAAGAAAAAAAUAAAUUUUUUUGUUUGAUUGUAAAUAACCA